GAUCUCUAAUAACUAAUGACCAAGUCUAAUUCCUCAUGCUAUUCUUAUGCCAUUCAGGGUUUUCAUCGUCUUCGUGAUGAUGGCAUUGACACCGUUCAACAUGAAGGUGGUGGUACUGUAGAACACAGGGAAGACAGUCAGGUAGAAGAGUUUGACUUCGGUGAGGUGUUUGUUCACCAGGCAAUCCAUACUAUUGAGUACUGUCUUGGAUGUAUAUCCAACACUGCUUCGUAUCUUCGUUUAUGGGCCCUUAGUCUUGCACACGCUGAAUUAUCCGAGGUUCUUUGGCAGAUGGUUCUACAUCUAGGCCUGCCAAUGAAAGGAGCAUUAGGAAUCAUUGCAACAUUUGGAUUGUUUUCGUUGUGGGCAGUGCUGACCAUCGCUAUUCUUCUCAUUAUGGAAGGAUUGUCUGCCUUUUUGCACGCACUUCGUCUUCACUGGGUGGAGUUCCAAAGCAAGUUUUACAUUGGAACUGGUUACAUGUUCAAGCCCUUUUCUUUUGAGCUCAUCCUAUCUGGAGAAGCGGAUAACUAAUUAAAAUUCUCUAAUAAUUCUCUAAUAAAUCUAAAUGAUUAUUAAUAAUUGGGGUGGUACAAUUUGGCGAAUAAACAAAAGAAAAACAUUACGUAACAGGUUAACGAGGUUUCGCAGUAAUAGAGAGUUUUAGAUUGACAUUUUUUUCUCCCCGCAAACGGCAAACGUGACCACGUUUCCAUAGUUUUCUUCACACCUUCACACCAAGCGAAAAUAUUCGUUUGGUUUUCUUCUACUUGGACUUUUUUGGUUCUUUUUCAGUAAGUUAGAAUGAUUUUUUACUGGUCAACUGACGUUUCACGUUUACCGUGAACGUAAAUCUAAAACUCUCUAAUAAGCCAUGAGUCAUGUUGCACGGCAGGAACGCGAUUUUUUUUGCGUUACGAAAAUUCCAUCCUUCAGCACUAUACAGUAGUUGCCAUGAAACCCCAUCUAAAGACUGAAAUUGUGUCAAUAUAACCCCAGAAAUAUCAAGUUUAACCCGAACUACCAAAGCAAUUUGAAGUAAGGAUUUUUGACCAUUUUAAAGAUGACUUUGUCUGUGGAUUCUGAGAACUGUAGUAACGAAUAACUGUAGUAACAAUUGCAGAAAUAAAGAAAAUAUCUGGGCCAA